CGCGUGGCCGCGCUCCUGGGCCCGCCCGGCCGCAGCUACUCGCUGUGCGUGCCGCUGGCGCCGGGCGGGGACUGCGCGGCCCGGGUGCGGGCGGCGCGGCUGCACCAGCAUCUGCUGCACCAGCUGCGCCGCGACCCCCUCCAGCGGUGCCAGCUGCGCCGGCUGCUGUGCUAUGGCCCCGGCGGCGGGGCGGGCGGCGUGCAGCACGGCUUCCUGCUCCACGACCCCAGCGACAGCCCCGACACCCGGCGCGCCCUGUUCUCCCUGCUCGGCGAGUCCCCGGAGGGCCCGCGUCUGGGCGAGUUCGUGGGCGACGCGCGCCAUCAGGUGUGGCAGCGCCUGUGGGAGCUGCGGGACGGCGCGGGGUGGCGGCAAGUGGGCCCCCGCGAGCGCGUCGUGUCCGCCCCGGAGCCCGCCUUGCACCCGGUGGUGCCCGACCUGCCCAGAUCUGGGGUCUUCCCGCACCGGGAGGCCGCCCGCGCCGUUUUGGAGGCGUGUAUACCCUUCAUUCCUGAAGCUCAAGCUGUGCUUGACCUGGUUGACCAGUGCCCGGAGCAGGUCCAGAAAGGAAAGUUCCCGGUCAUUGCCAUCGAAGGACUGGAUGCCACAGGUAAAACCACUGUGACCCAGUCAGUUUCAGACUCACUCAAGGCUGUGCUCUUAAAGUCGCCACCCGCUUGCAUCAGCCAGUGGAGGAAAAUCUUUGAUGAUGAACCAACUAUCAUUAGAAGAGCUUUUUACUCUUUGGGCAAUUAUAUUGUGGCUUCUGAAAUAGCUAAAGAAUCUAGCAAAUCUCCUGUGAUUGUAGACAGGUACUGGCACAGCACAGCCACCUACGCCAUCGCCACUGAGGUGACUGGGGGGCUCCAGCACCUGCCUCCGGCCCAUCACCCUAUAUACCAGUGGCCCAGGGACCUGCUCAAGCCAGACCUGGUCCUGCUGCUCACAGUGAGUCCCGAAGAGAGGAUGCAUCGGAUUGAGGGCCGAGGCAUGGAGAGGACCAGAGAGGAGGCCGAACUGGAGGCCAACAGCGUAUUCCGUCAAAAGGUAGAAGUGUCCUAUCAGCGGAUGGAGAACCCUGGUUGCCACGUGGUUGAUGCCAGCCCCUCAAGAGAAAAAGUCCUCCAGAUGGUUUUAAGUGUAAUCCAAAAUAAUUGUAAUUAAUUGUAAUUACUCCAAAAUAUAAUUGUACAUUUUGCUAGAUGUGAUGCUGUCUGAUGCAUCUAGGUCCAUGACUGGCUACACGGUUUUCCCAGAUUUCUGUUGCAUAAACGUAGUGUGUUCUAGAAAAUUGGAGGCCAGACAUUUCGAUUUUACUUAAACCAUUGUCCUCCCUUCUGACCAAAGGACCCGUCAAGGUUGAGACCGUCACGUUCCAGCCAGAGAUCAGUGGUUGCUUUCUUCAGGUAUAACAAACGUUUUCUUGGAAUAUAUUUUUAACUACAUUCCUACCAAAUCUCUCCAAGUUUUGUCUCAUCCAGAAAGCAUGAGCUAUACAGAAGUAACCAGGAAGAUCUCCCAAAUCAACGGGAGCCCCUGCAGCCUCUCCCAUGCCUACAAUGGGGCCACUGAUGAGAUCUCCAUGUGGUAGACUUGCCUUCUUCCCAGUAUGGCCACACUCCAUCACUGGGGGCUCAGCCCUGUUCCUAGAGCCACGUGCUCCUGAAGAAAGGGUCCAUGUGUCCUGGCUUUCUGAGGACACUUACAAAGAAGACCUGGGACUUGCGCCCAACCGCCUCUGAGAUGGUCCUCUUGGUUAGCACUUCGGAGUCAAAUACAGAGCCUGCCAACCCAGGGUGCUCUAAAUGCAAACACACCAACCUUCUUUGAAUUAUGUUCUGUUUAUUUAGAUGUCUUUCCUUUCCUCUGAAAACAUGGCUUUGGAGAUAAUGAAUGUUUUGGACUCAGCUAGAUGCAUUAAACUCAGCCAAUCGAGCAAUAUUUUUAUAUUGAUAUUUGCAUCAUGUUUCUCCUCAGUGUAGGGGCUCCGCUUUACUAAUUAAAAUUGAAGCCAAGAAGCUAAAUGCAAUGCUUGUUGUGUAUUUUCAUUACACAGAUUUAAUUUAUCUUACUAAGUAAGCACAGUGGAUCCUGGAAUGGGAUUUCUUAGUAAAUUAUCUUGCACUUGAAUGUCUUAUGCUUACACAUGAAAUCAGCUUUGCGAUCUGUUCGCCUGGGGGAAAAAAAACUGAGGAAGGAGGAAAUUUAAUAACUAUGCGGCCUUGGGUGAGUCACCUAACAUCAAUAGUCUGUGUAACUUGAUCUAAAAAGUGAUAAUAAUUCUUUAUUUGUCCUGAGGAGUUUGCUGAACCAGGUGAGUACCUAAAAUUCCUUCCAGUUCUAAGAUAGGUGAAGUUUGUAAUUUAGACACCCCCCCCCAAAUAAUUACAUUUAAGGCCUUAACAGUUUUAUCAUAUGGAAUCUUAAAUUAUAAUGAAGUUUAGUAUUGAUAACUAUCACACUGUCUUUCAAAGGAAGUAUAGGUAAUUUUUACAUAGUAUAUUUACAUAUGUAAAUAUGUAAUUGGUUUCAGUUGAAAAUAUUUUUUAAAGCUAAUAAAUAGCAUUAGGUUUCUAAAAGAUGUGGUAUCUAAUUAUGUUAUUGGUGUUAUUUAAACAGUUUGAAAAGUUGAUGUUGGCAGUCUGGAGAAACAAACAUUUUAUGCUUUCUGUACCUUGCAAAUGAGUAAAGUUGCUGUGAUUUUCUAAUUUA